AUGACGUCACACCAGUUCACAUUUACGUCUUCUCGCUACAGUGACGGUGAGGAGGGGACUUCACUGAAGGCCGACACUUGUGACAAGUGUGACGCCAUCAGCACCUAUGGCUUCAUAAUCACCCCAGCUCCUCCGUCCCCGCCUCCUCCUACGGAGGAGGUGGGGACGGCGGGCGGCGACGUGCCAGAGGCUGCACCGCGAUGGGCUUCUGCCAUUUGUCUCCUGGACCACGAGUUGUUGAAGAUGGUGUUGAGCAAGAUGGACUGCUGGGAAAUGAUCCGCGCCAGGCGGGUCUGCCGUCGGUGGCGGUCCGCCAUCGACGAUAUCGUCAGCGACUGUCGGCGGGAGCUAACCGAUCAGAAAACCCGUGGUGGAGAGGUCCCUGUGCCGGUUACGGGCCUUGAGCUCGUAGUGAAGACACAGGACCAGCCGAAGCUGACUGAACUGCGGGCGCCGACCGCUGAGACGGACACCGACCUCCGACUGGUCGCGGCCACCUGCCACGCCCUGGAGAAGGUCAACCUGCGCGGCUUCAAGCUGCGGGCCUCUGCCCUGCGUCGCCUGGCGCGUGCCAACGCCUCCAGUCUGCGUGAGCUGACGCUGCCGGCCGGCAUCAGCGACUGGCAGCUGGAGGCGCUGCUGGAGCCGCUGAAGGCUCUGGAACGGCUCGAUGUGAGCCCACCUGUGGACAGCUCCGGCAAGUGGCUUCGGCUGCUACCCAAGUCACUGAAGAGACUGGACAUCACUGGAUCCGGGAUGACUGAAACGCCGGUGUAUCACCCCCGAUGGCCGACUUCUGGGCUGGAUGUUGGUGUACAGCUAGCGACGGACACACUCCUGGACCAGCUGACUGCUCUGGCGACCCACACAGUCACAGGGUUGAAGAUACGGUACUCACGGUCCCUGACACCGGAAGCGACGGGACGCCUCUUGACUGUCCUCACCACCUUGAAGAACGUCACUCUUUGUGGAUCCGGCUUCAUUUGCGACACUGUGCUAGUCGCCUUCCACGGCUGCUCCCAGCUGGAUACACUGGAGCACUACGACACCCGGCCCCUCACGGACAUCCCUGCCCUGACCCAGUCAGAGGUGGCAGCGGUCAGCAGGAUGGCAGUGACCUGCAGGAAACUGAAGACACUGUUCAUUGGAUCCUCAACUGAAAACUGCCAGGCCGUCCUGACCGCCCUGCACGAGGCAGACCUGGGAUGUGACGGUGGCCAGUCCCGUACCAUCAACCUCUGGGUCGCCAAGUCUUUAUUGGACAAGCUUACUCAGCCUCCCAAUGGCAGCAAAAUCUACUUGGGUUCCUACACGUAGACGACUAGCUUCCUGGUGCCUCGUACGCUCCGGUGCCGGCGGCAGUGUCGGAACUCUACAACAGAUGGCAGCACCGUGUCCCGUCGGCAGCGCUGUUCUGUACACAAUGCACGUUUAGACCUUCAUAUCCAGAACUGCUUUGAGUCGCCCUGUACCAUCGGGCCAGGUCCGUGGAUACUGUACCGCCGUGCCAGCCGCCAGGCUGGUUUGGGUUGAGUGGCCACCCAAAUCCUUGAUCAUUUGAGCACAGAUUGCUACGUUUGUUGACACUGCUUUGAUAGCAGGGUUGUAUACGACUCAGUCAAUAGCAAUCAAUUCAAUCACGACAAAUUUGGGAAACCAAUCAAAUCAAUCAAGUCAGAGCAGUUUUCGGGAAUUGAUUCAAUCGACUCAAACGCGACAAUGAAAGGAAUCAAUCAACUCAAUCAAACGACUCAAACCAAGACAUACAUUAGGUUUUUUGCCCACCAACUUGGAAAAGUGUCCAUAGCAGUCUGGUGUACCUACCUACCUACCUACCUACAGAAGAAACAUAAAAAUAUUGUCAUUUAAAAUUAUAAAUUGCCAUGCCAUUCAAAGUUUCUAUGUAAUAAGGAAGGAUACCUAGUGAUGGACAGGUGGAUCAUGAUAUUGAGGUUUAAUGGGUAGAAUUGGAGCAGAAGUUUCAUUUAAUGGGUGCAAAAUAACCCAGUAGUUGACUUGCCCCUUAACCCAAAUCACCACCUUUCACCUAAAAGUUGUCAAUUUAAUUUUGGCCAUAUUCCAACUCUAUUUACACUAAAUAUCAGAUAUUGCAGUUGAAAGUUGACUGCUCGGAUUUUGGCAGUGUUCGUGAUUUGGCCAUUUACCCUACACCAUGUCUAUUUCAAUGGAUUAUAUGCAUCAAUAACAUAUUAACCAUAGGGAAAUAGAAAUAAAUAUCUUACCUGUAUGUGACGGUUUUGGUUAGACAGAGACUGACGGGCAGCCUGAAAAAUCUUUCAACACAAUGUGCAUUUGAGACGUGGGAUGUUGUCAGAUUGGGAAGGAAGAGAUUUGAAGUAUUUAGCGGUCCACGACUCUGGACGUGGCAUGUCAAUGUUAGGUACCUAUGUGAAGAAUUCAAAACAUUUGUGUUUGAAUUUUAUUGCAAUACAAUUUGAAACUGUUAGAACUGGGGGAUAGGGAUGAGGGUUAAAAAAUAUAUUUAAAAGGAAAUGGAGAGGACAGGAACUCUGGAACCACAGUAUAAGUUAAGGACAAAGGAAGUGGGAACGAGGAAAAUUAAAACGCGAAAACGGGGACGACGGUGAAAACAGGGUGCCUUGGGCGAUUUGACCAAGGUUGGUGAAAUUUACACGUGACGUUUAGCAUGUAGAAGACCCACGAAGGGGGAGCACUUCCAAAUGUCACGUGACUAAUAUGCCCUCCGGCGCCCUGUUUUCACCGGCGUCCGAAAACGGCACGGUGCGACUGCAUGAAAACGUUUUGCCAAUAAGUAUGCUAAGCUUGUAUAAAUCCUUAUUCUACGUCUUUUGAUUUUUUGGUAAGAUGACGUUAUUGAUUAUCAUGUAGUAUGGUAGAUCAUCAUAAAAUAAAUCGGUUAUACAACACCAAUUUCGUUUUAGUUAUUAUUUUAUUUGAAAUAAAACCACUUAAUAAUAUUCGGUAAAAUAUUUCAAGAAAAAUGAAAUAUAUUAAAUAUGUUAUGCUUAGGCUCUCAGGAGAAAAGGAUCAACAAACGUUCUGCUGCAAAUUAAACAAUGCAGCAAAUUAGCUAUUAAUUAUGCACGUAAACGUAAAUAGCGAGACGAAAACGGCGCUUUUGUUUCGGUUUUUUUGUAGGGGUUUCAGAUAUUUAUAGAGUUCAGUGGGUUGUUUCUGAGGAGAUGUGGAGAUGUGAAUUAUUAAUUAAUCACACUUUAUUAGUAUAUAGGGCCUUGCACUUUAUCAUCUGGAUUAGAAAAAACGUUUCUUGCUGAGUGCAGAAAGGUAGGUAGGUGCAUCGCCAGGUUCUAUCACCAGGAUUGGUGCAGUUAUUGCAGUUGAAAGUCAAAGUUGGCUGUUCAUGUUUAGGCCCUGUUCUUUAUUUGGCCAUCUACCCCAUAUUGCAGUUGUGAUGACAAACAGCUUUCAGUGUAGUUUUGUGAUCUUUGAUGUCAUCAAUUGGUGUCAUUAUUUUUCGUCAACUAAAAGUUAUUUGAACUCUCCUUUCAAUCGACUCAAUCAUACGAGUCACUCUAAUUUUCAGGAAUCAAAUCAGUCAACCAGUCGCUAAAGUCAAACGAGUCAGUCAACCAGUCAUCUCGAAAAGUCAAUCGACUCAAUCCAAUCAACUCAAAAUACGCGUUGAAACAAAUCAAUCAAUUCAAUCGACUUGAUUAGUAUACAACCCUGUUUGAUAGACAGUAGUUAUAUUCAGUAUCCGAGAUUUAUCACGCUCCGGGCCACUGUCCAGCCGUAGGUAAACCGUUGUCACCGUGCCGGAGGUACCGCCGUGGUGACGUCACGUGUGUUGUGCUGUGACGUCACGCUGGCUCACACCGCUGUGCUGUUGUGUUGCUGAUUCAGUUUAGACCAGAGGAGACCAGAGAGUGGUUGGAGCUAGCUGUGGCGGUGGCCGGUCCGGGCGAUAUCGGACCUCGCCCGUCACUGUGUCGGACCGUCGGUGGUCCGGUCGGCUGUGGUUCGUUUGGACCGGAUAUGUCCGGUUCGGUGUCGCUCAUGGGAUAUCACGGGCUGAUGGCGAUUGAAAUACACAGUGGUUCAGACGUUCAAUACACAAUGUUACUGGAUUCCCAA